UUAUCGGUGAACUUUCAACAGUUAAGGUUGUAAAUACUUUUCUUUUGAAGCUCUAAUUAGUGCGUUGCUACAAAAUAUAACAAAUUUUGAUAACGGCGAUAUUGCCAAUAAAAAUAACGUCAUUAUAACAAGACAUUUUAAACGUCAUUAUCUAAUUAAAUUAACAAAGAAAAAAAAAGACUCUAAAUAAUCUUUAUUCUAUACCAAAUUUUAAAGAUUACAAAUAGAUUAAUAUUUUUUUUCUCGGAUUAAUAGUCAUUUUUAAUUUAAAAAAGAAGACGUAGCUAUAGGAAGCUAUACAAUAAUGUCAAAUCGAAAUACUUAUAAAAUGGAACUUAAUGAAGAAAUUGAAUCAUCAGAGAAAUCAGGUCCUGAAGGGAAAUUUUCUUUAAUUAAUGAUGAUAUAACAAUAACAACACAAAAUAAACCAAAAAGUGAAAUAUUUGAAAUGAUACGUAAAAUUAGUAUUACAAAUCCACCAAUAACACAACAACAGAUUAAUAAUCAAGAUCAAUUAUCAGAAUCCGAUUCAAAACUUUUAAAACCAGGUAGUAAAAUAAAACCAGAAGUUAAUAAAACAGAUAUUGAAAAUUUAUCUGAAAGAUUAUAUGGUAUUACACCAAAAAAUAUAAAAGAAUUGAAGUCAUAUGAUGAUCGUAAUUUUUUAAUAGAUGUUGAUGCAUCAAUAAAAAAUCCAAUAUUAACAAAUACAUGGUCACAUGGAUACGUUCUGAAAGUUUUAAAUUCCUUAGAUUCUGAAAAAGUUCAAUUUAUUGAAGCUCAAACUGAGAUAAUGCUUCAUUUAAGAGAAAAUGGUUUAACGUGUUCAAAUCCAGUUAAAAAUGUUUAUGGAAAAUAUUAUUCAGUUGAAAAUUUAAAUGGAAAGAAUCAUGUUGUCCGAUUAUUAGAGUAUAUACCAGGAGAAAUGUUUCAUCAAAUUGAUAAAACCAAACAUAUUUAUUAUCAAUGUGGUGAAUAUAUUGCUAAUAUGGACAGAAUUUUAAAGAGAUUUCAUCAUGAUGCUUAUAAAAAUCAUAAAUCUAUAUGGCAAUUGGAAGCUGUACCAAAAUUAAAAGAUUUUCUUUUUGUUUUACAAGAUCAUGGACGAAAAGAAAUUGUUGAACAAGUUAUAGAAGCAUUUGAAAAGAAAGUAUUAAAAAAUUUUGAUCAAUAUGAAAGCGGUGUAAUACAUGGUGAUUUCAAUGAACAAAAUAUAUUAGUUGAAAUACCAAAAGGUUUAAAAGAUUAUCAUAUUAUUGGUGUUAUUGAUUUUGGUGAUACACAUAUUGCACCAUUAAUAUUUGAAUUAGCAAUCGCAAUGACUUAUAUGAUGUUAGAAGAAAAAGAUUUAGCUACUGGUGGUUUAGUAAUUGCUGGAUAUUCAUCAAUUCGUGUUAUCAGUCUUAUGGAAAAAGAAAUUUUAAAAGAAUGUGUUGCUGCUAGAUUAUGUCAAAGUCUUGUUUUAGGUGCAUAUACACAUUCUUUAGAUCCAGGUAAUGAUUAUGUUUUAACGACACAAGAAGCUGGUUGGAAUUUACUUGAAUCAUUAUGGAAAGAAAAUUUAAAUAAAAUUGAUGAGAUUUGGGAUAAUACAGCUGAUGAAUAUUUAAAACAAAGUUUUAAAUAAUAUAAAAUUUAAUUGAAAUAUAAAAUUUGAUGAAAUACAUACAUAUUUAAAAAAAAAAAUUAUAUGAAUGGUCAAUUACUUGAAUCAAAAUAAUUAAAGUCAAUUAAGAACAUACUAUACACAUACAUUAUUGUAAAAGAUUCAAUUAUAGAUUAGUGCAUAAAUCUAAGUGAAUAAUAAAUUAUGUUAAAAUAAUAUGAAUAAAAAAAAAACUCC